GCAUGUAGAUGCAUGUACAUAAUGUGAAGGCAUCUUAGCUAGGUAUAGAAACAUUGAGGAGAAAGCAAGCAUUUGUGCACCUGAGCUUUACUGAAACUGUUCAUUUUGGGGCCAUUGAUCGAGCAAUGUGCCUAGGUAGAGGAAACUAAGCUGCAUUCGGUACAGUUCCUACACUCGUGUACAAUUCCAGGAUGAGCAACGAACUUUUCCCAAUCGACGAUCUUCCGGAGGAGGUGGUGGAGCACAUAUUUUCAUUUCUUCCGGUGCCGGACCGUAAGUCGGCUUCGCUAGUGUGUACAAAGUGGGAAAAGUUGGCGUUCUGUCAUCGACUGUUGCGCAAUGUGACGCUUAAGGUUCAAUUGAGGUUGAAAUGCCACGUUCUUCGCAAAAGCAACCGUCGUUAUAGAAAUUUGACAAUCGACAGCUUGGAUAGGUUGGUAGGCAGCGAGUUCGAAAAUUUGCUGGAGAUUCUGGAUCGGUUUGCAGAUGUGGAGUGUUUCGUCUAUCUGGGAAAUUUGGAAUCAAAGCAUCUAUGUAUGGUGUUGAACCGUUUGCCAAAACUGCAGCAGAUGAUGGUUGGGAGGAUGAUCAGGGAGUGGUGCCCUGCAAAUGGAUGCCGAAUUUCGGAGCAGCUUCAAGCUACGGGAACGUUGAACAAUGUAUUGCAGACCGAACGUCUGGUUGUUCCCAACUUGACCCAACUCAGCAUCAGUUUUACAAAUUCAGAUGAUGGAAUGGAUACCUUUCCAAUUUUGCUUCGGCUAGCUCCACAGCUUAAGAACGUGGAUUUGUAUUCGACAGAUUAUUGCAUUCCUUUGGAACAGCUACAGUUUCCAAAAGCCGAAGUGCUGAAAAUUGGCGGAAACCUAUGCAAUACAGAUAACGACUGCAAUCUACUAACAUUCUUCACUGGAUUUAAGCUGCUGAAGGAAGUCACACUAGAGUCCACCGUCAAAGAAAUAGCACUGGAUGUGCUUACUGAGGCUUGCCCAGAAAUCGAAAUAUUUAAAUUCGAGGUUUUCUCCUAUGAUCCGGCUCCAUUUCAUUUGCUGGGCCGCCUAAAAUGCUUAAAGACAUUAGGCCUCGGAAAAUUCUAUAAAAAUCCAGUAACCAGUUCAAAAUGCAACCCAUUGGUAAGCGUGAAAACCCUGAGCCUGGAGCUUUCUAAAUGUGGUGAGAGUUCCUUCGAACGCCUACGGCAUCUACUACCGAACGUGACGGCCAUGGAUGUAACACUGAAAGACGACUGGAACAUCGGGAGGGCACUAGGACACAUCUGCCGUAACUUUCGAGGACUUCACCGUCUGGAAAUUUCCGAUCGUUCGACUCGGGGCCUAACCUUCUGGAGCAGUCUUCUUGCCUUGCAGCAACUAGAUCAACUGGAAGAACUUAUCCUUAGGGAUGUUCGUACACUUAUGGCUUAUGUGCCACCGAAUCCGCUACUUAAGCGGUUUGUGACGAUCUUUCCCUACUGGUUGUUCGACAAGGAUUCGUUGGAGUUGGCAAGGCAAUAUCCAAACUUACGAUAUCUUGAUCUAGGACCCAUCAGACGAGUGACGUCUUCCGGAAUUGCUGCUUUCAAAGCGCAACUGGUGGACUGUGCUGUGCACGGUACCCCGUUUGACGCGGAGUUCAAUAGUGAUUAAACGUAUAAUCCUGAUAUGGUAGACUUUCCUCAACAUAUGCUAUUAUAAUAACCGAAUAAGGAAAACCCUCAAUCGAGACGAAACAAGAUGCAUUUCUUAAUUUUUUGGGUUGAAUUUUUUAUUGAAUUAUAGAGCAAUAUUUUCGAAAUCGGUUUCCAUUCACGGAUGAAAGAUCAAGGUAUCUCCUAUUUUUUUUCGGAUCGAAAAUGUUUCUCAGUUGUAAAAUGAAAUUUCAAAAAAAUAUGGUUCCUGGAAAACUGAUAACUAUUGUA